AUGGGGAUGCAAGGCCCGCUCGUGGCCCAAGCCCUGGGCCGCUCGCCAUUUGACGAUGUAGUUCAAGGUGAAGGUGAAGAGGACCCGCGGAUACCAAGUCAGCAAUACGACCAUGGCGGACGUCCAAUCAAUCCUGACACUAUGAGGAUCAACAGGGACAUCAUCCGGUCACACAACCAGGUCAUGUUUAUUAUUGGCAUAGCUGAACCUGAAAAUCCCGGCCCUGAAGUCGAUUCGCAGAGACGACACGGCGCCUACGAAGAAGCAAUUGGGCUGAAGCUGGCAUCUUCUGCUAAGCGCUGUGUGGAGGCGGUUGGUCUAUUUGGUGUCAAUGGCCUAAGAGAUCGGAUUCUGAUUUAUAAAAGAUAUUCCCGAAUUCCAUUUUGGGAACUAUAUCAGCAAGCGCGACAGGAUUUCUCAAUCUCUAGGGACAUCCUUCCUGGUGCUCCCGCAAACUUGUUAUCAAAUUAUAUCGAGUUCUCAGUCGCCCGAUUGUGGCUUGGUGAGCAAGAAAGACUGACUGCUCGGCGCUGUGUCCAUGAAGUGUGGUCAUACAUCCGAGUUCAUCUAGAGCUACACAUAUCCCUCCAAAGACUUGGUUUGAUACCGAGCAGUCAAUGGCUACCUAGCCCCUCCUAUUUUAUCCCCUUUACUCAAGAAUCACCGAUUGUCGCUCCCCCGCCGCCCGAAAACUUUGGAGUAUCUGCAAUUCUGCAGUGGCUGGGCAGUGCUUUAAUAACUAAUGCACCAUUUCUUGUUUUUGUUAUGACUCAGCGAAUGGUUCGCGAUUGGAAGCCGCACAUAUGGGCCGAGACUUUCAAGCGCCUUCCCAGCACAGUUUUCCGUGGUAAGACGAUACCACAAGCUCCGCCGUCAAUGUCACAGUCUUUCAUGAAUGAGGCUCCUAGUGAGAUUCACAGCAAUGAAGGAGGCUCGCCCGUUGCGCCCGUGGAUAGCCAAAUGCCAACCGACACGGGAAGCAUGGAGGUUGUUCGUCGACCAAGUAUAUUCUCGGCCAGAGGUGAUGAUUAUGGGAGCGAUGAGGAGGACAACGAUGUGAUAAGGGCGACCCUCAUCAGUUUUGACGUCGAAGCGACUGAGUCUACGGAUGCCCCUCAAGGGUUAUGGAGUGCAGAAUUGCGGCCAAGCGUUGCCAACACAGAUUCAAGAGCGUCCGUCAGUUCUCAACCAACAUACUUGGAUACACUGCUCACCCAGAUCCCGGCGCUGUUGGCAUCGCAUAUGCUUGCCAACUCAAUAACACGGUUGUUGAUGACCCCAUAUGAUGCAGCCGCCCUGCGUCUAGUGGCACGAGCAUUCUGCUUGCGAAAUGGCCUACCCUACGAAGACAUAUGCGAGACUAAUCUUCUCAGUGGCUGCACUUGGACGUCACUCAUGAACUAUCUAGGGACAGAGUAUUUGCACCUCUUCCUCACCACCGAGGUCUGGGCGGUUUUCACCGGCCUUUCUCAGUGGUAUCAUUUUUCCGAAGAAGAGUGGACGGCUGAGGAAGCAAAGAAUUAG